CUACAAUGCUCUCCGGGUAUACGGAGUUACCAACGUGCCAGUACAUGCCAGUUCUACAAUGUAUCCCAUUCCGAGGUGCUCAAGUGAGAGAAGCAAGCAACCCUGACCUUGCUCCUUCCAUGCCCAUGCCCCUGCACUGCACCUGGGCAGCACAGAAGCGAGGCCAGGCAGAGGAUAAGCCUGCACUGCACUUCCAACCCUGGGACCACCAUAUUUUCCUGCACACUCCGCCGUCGCCUCCGCAUCCUCCUUCUUCUCCUCCUCCUGCCACUAACUACUGCCUGCAACUAUUUCCACUACUCCGUACCAGCUUUUCGUCUUGACGAAGGGCCAGAGGUUAGCAGGCCAGGUGUGAUCUGCAAUCCUGCCUGCGUCCUGCCGUCUGCCGUCUGCCGUCUGCCGUCCAGGCGGCCUGGUUGUUAGUCUGCAGCUCGCCGUCCCGAGGGGAAAGUCUCCUUCUUCCUCCUCGCCCGCCAUCUCCGCCCACCAACCGAAACCGCCCCCAAAAGUCUCCAAGGCGCCUGGGAACCACCACCAGAUAACAGCAACGGCCACUACCCACGACCGGCGCCCCCAGCUUCGAGUCACAAGGUCUCUUUCGAAUCCGACCGCACACCGCUUACUCCUCUCUUGCUUCCUCUCGCCCCAACGUUGGAAAAUUGCCCAGGAGCGAGCUUCCCCCACUGGUCGGGUGCCUCCAUUCUCGAGCCCGACAGUCCAACGCCACCCUGCUCACCCCCCCUGGGGCCGCUAAAAGCACCCAGACCAGUCUCCCCCUCCCCUCUCGCCCACACAGACCCCGCCGGACCACAACGCCGAUAAGGCUGCCACCCCCAACGGGCGACCGCUUCUACGCAUUUCCCCUCGUACUGUCGUCCUCCAAAAAAACCGGCAUUGCUUUGGCCUUGCGACCCAGUCUCUCCGAGAGCCAUCAGCCAGGCCACAUCGCUGCCUCAAGAGCCAUCGGGUCCCACCCCCCCUCUCGGGGUCUUUUCUUCGUGGCCAGAUCUACCCUCCGCACAUGAAUGCGUCGCCUUGGAAAAGCUGACACCUAGCUGCUUCAGCCAUCUUUUUGUAUUCGCCCCCCGUUCCUCUGCCCCGCCUCUACACCGACUUACGCCGCUCACAAGACGGACUCCCGAGCCUGGCAACGGCCUGCUCUCCCGAUCAUCCACCCGCGGUAGGGACAAGAUCGGUCGAGACACCCUCGCGGCUGACCUCAGGACGGGACCAACUACCCCGAAACGCAGAAACGACGAGAGUCCGAGAUAGGGCCUGGUUUCGAGCGCAAUCUCUAAUCUCCGUGAGACACAAUGGGUGACCGCUAUCGCUACAACUCCGGCAGGAGGUCGCCAACCUUCAAUCCUGCGCGCAUGUCAAUGCCUACUAUGAGCAGCGGUUACAGCUCCUUCUACGGCGGCGAUAUACAUGUUAUGCCCUCCUCGAGAUACGAAUCCGUUGCUCCCCACCAGUCUCAUCACCAUCACCACCGGCAUGGCUCCAACGACUGGCGAGGCCCCAACAUUCCUGUGACCACCACCACAUACACCGUCAGGAAGGACCCUAUCACCAGGAGCUCCAGCAUCCGGGAGAACAGUCGCACUCGGAGCUCGACCAUGGACUCCACCACCAAGAGGCCGCCCAUCAUAGUCACCACGCGGCAGAGCAAAGAGUCCUCGGUCUCUCACGGCGCAUCCAGUCAUCACCCUGCAAGCCCCGCACCAGACAGAGGCCGCGACGCCUACCGGUCCAGUGACGAAGACCAGUAUUACACCCAGCCGGCUUCGUCCAUCCGCUCGCGGAGCCACACCCGGCCGUACCAUGCCUCGGGCUCGAUCAGCUCAACAUUGGACAAUGACGAGUUCCUCCGUCUGAGGCAGCGGACAAACGAUGACAGGCUCGCCCCCUCUCGUAACGGGCUUCGCCGUGAAAGGCCCUCGUCCAUCUACGCCGACCCUCCACGACUCAGCACAAAGACAGUCGACCUAGGCGACACGGGAUACGAGUAUACUAACCCCAGUGAUUUGGCACGUUACGACCUGGACAACGACAAGGUUCACACUAGGCGUCGCCGCGACAGCUUUGACCGGAACACGUACUACCGUCCAUCCGUCAACGUCGGCACCGAUGUCACCCGACCAUACGAAGGCCGGGCCAGAGCCCCGCCACCGUCUCGCGCUCUGGACAAUUACAACAGGAGGAUAGCCGAGGAGAACACGGCAGGAAUCUAUGACCGGCCGCCUGUUCGAAUGCCUGCGCCUCCUGUGAUUCCUGUUCCCGCCCCCGACCGCCGUUCCAGCCAGCUGGACAUACCACCCAGCCCCGUCGAGCGACCCGAUCGUAUCGAACGACGCCCUUCGCGCACUGGCCACCGGCCAGUGUCCCUGUACCAAGACGGACCGACUCGAGCCUCCCAGCCAGAUGACCUGUAUCGGGCACGCGACGAUCACUAUGGAUCUCGGGAUACCCGCGACAGGGACUAUUCCCGCGACGAGGGCGUGGGCACCCGUGGGUUUGGCAUUCGGGUUGAGGGAGACAAGAAAGACGAUCGCCUGAGGGAAAGAGAGCGCGAGGACUUCACAGCUGUCCGUGAGCGCCGUACGGAGCAGCGGCGAGAUUCUCGAGUGGAUGAUUGGGAACGCGAGCCCAAGCGUCGGUCAGAUGACGACCUAACUCAUCGUGAGGCUCGCAAGUACGGUCGUGAUCAAGCCCGCAAAGAAGAUGAUCAUCGUGCCGAUAACAGGAAGACCAGCAAAGAUGAUCACAUUCGUGGCGAGGACGAACGAACGCGGGACAGGGACAGGGACAGGGACAGGGAUAAGGAAAAGGAAAGGGAAAGGGAAAAGGACAAGGACAAGGACAAGGACAAGAUUCGUGAUAAAGUCGCGACCGGCCUGAGCAUAGCAGCUGGCGCGCUCGGUCUCGGCGCAAUGUCUCACAAGGGCAAAGACGAAGGAGAGAAGGAGAGAUCGCCAAAGAGACGCGCGGAUGAUGAGGUCCGCAGGGAUGAAGCCGAGGAACGGCAGAAGCCCCCCAGAAAGGAGGCUGACGAGCGACCUAUCCCACGGGACGAGACCGAGGAAAGGCCAAGCAGGGAACGAGAUGUCGAUGGCGCCGACGACAAAGAACGCAGCAGGCACGAGGCCGAGGCGAAGCUCUCUGGAGAGCCGACCAUGAGCGGGGCCCGCGAUGCAAGCUCUUCUGACGAGAACAAGCCUAGGCGGCGGCGGCGACCCUCAUCCGCUUUCAGGCCAAACGACACUGCCGGCCUGAUGGCGCUGAAGGAGCAGCUCAAGGCCAAGGAGGAGUCGGACAAGGAAAAUGAGAAGGCCGCAAACGACGAGUCUUCUCCUGAGCGGCAUUCUCAGCCAUCCCCGCCCAGAAGGGGGACAGAGUCCGGCGACGACAUCAGGGGCCGUGAAGCAGUCACUGGUGGCGACGACAAACAAGUAAGGGUCGUGUCACCACCAAGAGACAAGGACGACAAGAAGCCUAUCAAGGGGAUUCUCAAGCAGCCUAAGGUCCAGUUCCCAGAGGAACCUAAUCCUGUCCGUGAAGGUGUUGCACCUCACAAGGAUGACAAGUCCAAGAGCAACGUGCCACCGGGGGCACGAUGGACCAAGAUCAGCCGCAAGUUGGUAAACCCAGAGGCUCUGACGAUCGGCAAGGAACGGUUCGAGGUUCGCGAUGACUUCGUCAUUGUCCUCCGUGUCCUGAACAAGGAAGAGAUUGAGGCCUAUACGGCUGCGACUGCACAGUUGAGAGAGAUGAGACGACAAGAGUACGACAGGGAGCAAGAGCGAGACAGGGAUGACGACCGUGACGACGACGAUGACGAUGAUAGACGGAGACCGCAUAGGUCACACCGACGCGACCCUCGAGAUGAAGAGGAGGACGAGAAAAAGCGACGUGAGGAAAAGAAUCAGCGUGAACGUGAGAAAGACCGAGAGCGUGAUGCUCGGUCGAAACGACACCGAAACGAAGAGGACGAUGAGCCCCGCAGACUCGAGUACUACGCUGAUGACAAUGACCGUGGUGGUCUGCCACACCGGUCACACCGUCAUCGAGAGCGGGAGAGGGAGAGGGAGAAAGUUCCCGUGAGUGUGCGGCCGGAAUGACCGCUCUGAGCAUCUUGUUGGAGUAAUGGCUGGUCUGGGAGCGCCCUGUGCCCUUGAGGCAUCUCGUUACCAGAUACCUGUCCCGUCAAUCUUUUUGCCUUUGUUUUUUUCUUUUUCUUUUCUUUUUUCUUUUCCGGCGACAGCGACUUCCUUCACAGCAUCACAUUGCAAAAGAGUACAAGGUAAAAUGUUGGGAACUAGAUACCACCGGGGCAACAAGUAGAAACACAUGUAUUGGAACGAUUGGUCUCAGAAGAUGAGGAGGCACAAUUGGAAAACUGAAAAGAUCACUGGCUUGCUACGGCCAGCUUGCUACCUGCUGGAGAGCAAGGGGCUCCAAGUCUCCGUAUUUGUCCCUCACCAGACUAAGCGUGAAAUUAUAGGACCUGUUCGAGAGCAUCAAACCUAGAAGCUGUAAACUUGCAGGGCUGGCGGGUUCAGUUACCAAGUGAAUUUCUGGAUGUCUAGUCGCUGUAGGCGUCUCUCCUGCUCUAUAACUUUGAAAGGCUUAUCAUGGUUCCUCUGUUCCUCGACCAUCACCACCCCCUCCCCCCCC